AUGGUCUUAACUAUUGCAGUGAUAUCGGCCGGAGCCAUGGGAGCAGCUAUAGCGCGAAGAUUAGUUGGAAACGGUGUCCGUGUACUGACAAAUCUUACCGAUCGAAGUGAGGCCACAAGGAAACGCGCACAGGAAGCAGGGAUGCAGGAUGUUUUAUUCCAGGAGAUAGCUUCCUGUGAUUUCAUGCUAUCUGUCCUACCGCCAAGUGACGCCUAUGCACUCGCUGAAAAAUAUUUAAAGGAAUGUUCAGCGCAUAUCACUUCUGCACCCAUUUUCGUGGACUGUAAUGCUGUCAAUCCUUCGACCGUCCGAGAAAUAGCUGCCUUGUUUAGCUCGACGCAGAUCCAAUUCAUCGAUGCCUGCAUCAUUGGUGGACCUCCGACGGAUGAUGGUUAUAACCCGACUUUCUAUGCGUCUGGUCAAGACUCGUCGUUGGCACGUUUCGAGAGUUUGUCCCAAGUGGGACUGAAGAUCUCAUUACUUCGGGGAAAUGAGUCUGGCGUAGGUGAUGCGAGUGCACUGAAGAUGUCCUACGCGGGAAUAACCAAGGGAAUUACGGGCCUAUUCGCCACCAUGAUACUAUCGGCUUUCGAGUCAUCGCCAAAUACGGCAGAAGCCCUGCUGCAUGAGCUUAAGUCUUCACAGCCCGCAUUAUUGCAACGAAUCGUCAAGGCCAUUCCUAUGAUGAUCCCUAAGGCGUAUCGGUGGGUUGGGGAGAUGGAAGAGAUCGCUGGUUUCGUUGGUGAAGGUGAAGGCGAAAUCUACAUGGGAUUAUCGAAGCUCUAUGCGAGGAUUGCUGAGGGGGACGAAAGAGAUAGAGAGAGACUGACGAAUUUUGUGCAACACGCACAAAUCGUUCUGUGA